UUUGUCCAUCUGAUCCUUUCACUUUAUCAUCAUCCAGCAAGCGAUCAACAUCUUAGUAGUGAAGAGCUCUUAGAGCCACGUGAUUUAAAAAAGUAAGUGCUAGAACAAAAAGCUAUAAAAUUUCAUUGAAAACUAAGUCAUAAAUUGGCUGAAUUAUUAGAAAACAGCAGAACUGAUUAAUUUUCAAUUUGUGCUUAGAAAAUUUAUUUCGCCUCAAUAUACAAAAUGGUCACCGGAAUGGACGAAAGCAGACUGGAAUACGAAAACGACCAGCAGCUGGACGAGAGCGGAUCGGAGGAUUGCGAUCCAUGCCCAGCCGGUACACUCUCUUCCAAGUUCGACAAAACGGAUUCGUCAAUCAACACGAAUCCGCUUCCGAACGGCAAAUACACGCUUAUCGGCAUCGAUAUCGAUACGACGGGUCGUAGGUUAAUCGAUGAGAUUGUUCAGAUUUCCGCCUAUACACCGGAGCAUCAGUACUCCCAGUAUAUAAUGCCGCUCAUGAACCUGAAUCCAGCCGCUCGCCAGCGUCAUCAGGUCCGAGUUAUAACUGUUGGGUUCUUCCGCAUGCUGAAGAGCAUGCAGACCUAUAGGGUGGUUAAGACUAAGACCGAAGUUUCGGCGCUGAAUGAGUUUAUUACCUGGCUGGAGGAACGCCACGCGCAGGAAGAGGGGUCGGAUGGUGUGGUGCUAAUCUACCAUGAACAGCGCAAGUUUGUGCCGUACAUGGUUAUCGAGGCGCUCAAAAAAUAUAACCUAUUGGACCGCUUUGCUGCGACGGUCAAGUCCUUUGCAAAUGGAUUCAAAUUGGCCGAAGAAAAGUGUAGCAAGACGAUCAAAUAUUUCUCAAUUCGCCAGUUGGCCAAGCUGGUGCUCGAAGAAAGUGAAGCAAAGGAUGGUUUUGAAGGAAACGCCGCCUAUCGUGCUCGACUGGCAUACCAGCUAACGCGACGCCUGUCCAAGGACGACAGUAAGGUUCCGAGUGGUGACGUGUGUCAGGCAGUGAUUUCGACGGAACAGUCUGAUGAAGCAAAAUCGGAUAAUGAUACCGAGGCGGAUGAUGAAUGUGCGGAUGCCGAUGCAACUGGAAUUGUGAAACGUGGUUCAGACGGAGGUGCCUCUAGCGAAGUGGACGACAGUCACACUGCGGAAGACGAGAAUUUGCUAAACACGACCGACGUGGAUGCCGUUACUGGUCAUUUGACAUCCGUGCCGGAACCUCAACCCCGUUCGCGGCCCACCACCGAAGCCGAAAGGGAAAAGAUGUGUACCGUAUUGUGCGAACUUGCGUCACCGAUCACGUGCGAGAUUUCUGAACUGGAUGAACAGGAGAAGAUUUUGUUACGUCAAAAUUCGCUACGACCGGUGUUUCUUCAGUACUUCAAGACGACUAUCUAUCACCGGGUAAAAGCCGUAACGUAUCGACGUGUGUUGGCUGAGUAUGGUCAUGAUUUCGCAUCGUUGCUGCAGGUGUGGACCGACCAGAAACGCGAAGGAUUAGAAGCACUAAUUUCCAAGAUCACGGAAUUGAAAGAAGACGAACGUACUGAGCUUAUAGAACUGCUCGAUUGCCAUUACGAUCCGGAAAAGCAACAGCUGAAACCGGUCGUGAAGCGCGUUCGCCAUCGUUCCUCACGAGGUCGCUUGUUUUUCGCCAGCAAGGAUAGUAAUACUGGCAAUACGAGUGGUGGAAACUUCACCAACAAGGAGAACCGUAAACCAAUGGCUGGCCGCAAUAACAGUAACAACAUCACCAACAACAUGAAUGCCAAUACGGGUAACAACGAUAACAAUAAUAAUAAAAAUUUCAACCAAGUGCCAACCUCCCCGAAUGGUGGUAAGAAGCUUCGUCAACGUCAGCAGAGGCGCCGCCGAAACAAUCAGAACAAGCAGAAUGGCCAUAACUUCAACCAAGCGCCUAUGAUUCAAACUGGUGCCUAAGAGGAAAACGCUGUGCGGUUUCCCAGGUUUGUUAACCAACAUACACUUUAAAUAUUUUAAUCAGAGUAAGGAUUAAUCUGAAAUAGUUACCAUCCUGAAGUAAGAAUCGAUUUUUUUACCGCGAAUGCGUGUUAUCAGAUUUCAAUAUCGUUAGCGUAGUUAAAGCAACCUAAACCAGCCGAUCAGAACAUUCCGUUUCCUUCUUUUAGUUUAGUUUCCUGCCUAAAAAAGUAGAUCAUAGGGGUGAUAUUAGUUGAUAACUAAUCUUUUUUUAAAAAAGGUCUUUUACCGUACAAAUUAUUACAGUAUUGUAAUCGCAACUUUUUAUUUACAAUUUGUUAGGGCUUUUUAAAGAACUAUCUAACACUGCUCUUAAAAUUGCUUUUGAAGUUUUUUGUAUUAUGACAGGAAGGUAUCUGAACUCGCUCAACACUUCGUUGGCAAAAUUACGUUUGAGUCGGUGAAAAGAAAGCGCGCACUUUUCACUGAUGUCAAUGUGAAACUUUUCCGUGAGAUUAACCGAAGAAGUUAUUUAAAGCGAUUCAGUUUCUUUUUUGAUCCAGCUAUUACGGCGUAAAGUUUAGAUGGUAUAGGAGAAAGAGAACAUAAUAUGAAGAUUGUAAACUUUGAAAUGCUACCGGAAAGUGUGCGUGAUCCUGAUCAGGAAGAUAGAGAUAGAUUCAAGUAAUAUUAAUUACACGCUCCACUAUUUCCAAAAAUAACACUUUUGAUUUAUACUAAAGAAGAAUGAUUGUCAAAUGAUUUGAACUUGUUGUUGGUCUAGAAAAUGCAAAGUCUCUUCGUCUGUGACGUUAUGAGAUCUUGUUAAUUUCAAAAUAAAGCGAAAGCAGCAAA